CGAUGGACGAGAGAUCUACUACUACUGCCGUACGGCGCACGUUCUGCACGUCGUUCUUGGUUGCAGCUAGCGUCGCAAUGAGCAUCUUGAGGGCGUUCUCGUGGCCUCCCACGUCAGACAGUCGGCGCUGCAGUUUAAAGCGACUCUUGAUGGCCUCGUCCUGCUGCUUGCGCACGGCUAGCUCGUCUUGCACGAGCUGGGCCAUCUUGGCACGGCGAUGGGCGGCCUCAGCAGUGAGAGCCUCGUAGCGUUGCCGUCGUUCGUCCAAGGUCACGGUGGCGGUCUCGAUGAGACGUUUGAGCUCGGCGACGUCUUCCUUUGAGUGCUGGAUCUCCAAUUUGUGAUAAGCAAUGGCAUGGGACGCAGUAGUGGACUUGAUCGUCGUCGUCGGCAUUACGAAACCGUUCUGAAACGGGGUCAAUAGAAUCCGGAUAAUUAACGGUAUCCUGUCCCUUUUUUCGGAUGCGAACUUUGGAUCGUGGGGCCAAGAACUCGAAGGAGCAUGGACAAGUACCGCCGAGGAGAGAAAAAGGCCACGGAUCAGGACGCCGCGACGUUGCCGAACGAAGUUCGGAUCACAAAGUUUGGGAAUGUGCAUGGGUAUGUAUCGUAUGCUACGAACCUGCUCACGCCCGCCGACAAAGCGACGACGUCAGGGGACAUCGUGCUGAAGGCGAUGGGGAAUGCCAUCAGCAAGGCUGUCACCGUGGCCGAGAUUCUCAAGCACCGCAUCCCAAACAUCCACACGGUCACGAAUAUUUUGUCUGUGGAGACCGAGGACGUGUAUGAGCCACUUGAAGAAGGCCUGGACGUUGUGACGACCGUCCGCCGCAUUCCCAGCAUUUCGAUCCAAUUGGCGUUGAACGUGUCCUUGGUCAACUUGAACGCGUCCGGGUACCAAAAGCCCAUCCCUGUGGACCAAGUGAACCCGGAAUCUGACGGUGUGACGAAUGUGUACGAUGGAGAUGAUAGCCGACAAACUCGCGGCGGAGGUCGUGGCCGUAAGCCACGUGGACGAAGCGGCCGAGGUGGUGGCCGUGGUCGAGGGGGAGAUGUAGCUGUUGAAGAAGGCGAAACGGCUGCAGUGGGUGGUUACGCAGCUGAGAGCGGCGAAAAUGGUGAAAGCAGAGCCCCGAAGGCGCGUCGAGCUCGCGCAAAGAAGAACGUUGUGACAGCCUCGGGCGCUCCAGAAGUGUCGGAAAAUGCAACUGCAGCUGCCGAGACUACCAACGAAGAAGCAACGGGCCGAGGAUCGCGCGGUGGUCGAGGAUCGCGCAAUGGUCGAGGGCGUGGCCGAGGCAUUGGAGCUGUCGACGACGACGCACAAGAUGCAGGAGGUCGAGGUGGUCGCAGUGGUGGACGUGGAAAUCGAAGUCGCCGUGGACCUAAGCCAGCUGGGGACGAUGCCCAAGUCGAACAUUCUGGAUAUGCUGUUGAGGUUGCGGCAGAAAAUGGAGCGGUGGCGUCCAGCGCUUCUGUUCCGCGCGCGCGAACGUCCAGCGCUUCGAGUGUUGGUGCUGGUGGCCGUGGAAACGGCGGUCGUUCUCAAUCCCGUGGCGGCCGCGGGGAAGGCAAGCUCUUUGCUGAUCAGUAAAUGGAUAAGGCGCGCAAAACAGGAAUGAGUUUUUAAAAUUGUUCCCACGUAUACUUUACCCUAGUACAACAAUGGCUUAUUGUUUAUAAUAAUUAUUUGACACCUUUCCAC